AUGUCAAGACAUAUCCUCCGACAAACUAGAUUCUCCCAUUCGCUCUGUUCAGCUUUUAUCACUGUUCCUCCUCGUCGAUGCUACGCUGCGCUUGCAUCGCGUCAGGCCCUUCGCGACCAAGAGGUAGAACCUCAGCAAGCUCUUCCCGUCGCGCAUAACGCUCCGGAGGUAGAUCUCACGAGUACUCCCUCCAGCAUUCAAGAGAGCAAAGCUUCUCUCGUAGGCUCAGGAAAGCGCAAGAAGAGCUCAAAGAAGUCAAGCUCUGCCGAUGCCAGCGAAGAAGCAGCGAAACCUCCCAGCGAAACUCGCACUGCACCUGGAGUGGAACAGUAUCUAGCCUCGAUACACGCUGCUGGCCUCGAGCCGACCAUAUCAGAUCUUGAGCGGUGUCGUCCUGCGGAACAUGCUCACACAAAUUCUCCACAAUACCCUCUGGACUACAAUGCACUUGUCGAUACACUUUGUCGGUCAUUCAGCAAGGCUCAGCUGCGUCACUUCUUGGAAACGAGUAAUGUGGGCUCUACUUCCUCCCGUUACAACAAAAGAAAGUUGCAAUACGCGGAGGCCAUUGUAGAAAAGUUAUGGGGCUGGCCCAGUCUGAAGGAAAUCGAGCGUGCUAAGAGAGAUCGAACAGAGGUGUCUGUACGAUCGUUCCCGGUUACCCCCAGUCAGAUGUUCCUUAUCCUCGGCCGAGACGGUGCGGAUCUACUGGAAAUGUCUAUGGAAUUUAAUGUCCAUAUAUCCUUGACGACAAAUCCAUUGGCUCUGCGAGUCGAAGGUCUACGAGGCUCUUUAGAUAGGCUUUCCCAACGUAUCGCCUUCAUCGAGCAGGAUAUCACCAGUGAGACUAUGGAGUUACCGACCAAGACGCCUGUGCGACAGGACCUGGUGCAGCGUAUAUCACGAUUGGCGGGAGCCUAUCUCGAGAACGUCGACCACAAGGGAAAGGUAAGGAUAUAUGCAAGGAACCGUAGGAAUUUAGACGUAGCGAAGCGGCUGGCGAGUCGCGCAGGGCACGAGUCGAAUAGUCUCUUGCAACCACCUGUACUAUCCUAUCUACCUUCUGAAGUAUCAGCAUCAACACCCGUCGCUACACUGGAGUUUCCACAUUCUUAUUUCCUCUACCCUUUUCUAUCUCCCCGGUCACUACCUUGGACGAUGAACACAGGCGGAACCUUCAGAGUCAGACGAAUAGGCGAAUGGCUGGGACCUAGCUCUGGAGAAGAUAUCGAAAGCAGCGGCGGCCUGGCUGGAGGAAGAGGUCGUAUACUGGCUCCCUCGGGAGACGUGGUUGACUUGAAAACACUAUUGCUCAACACGCUCUCAGAUAGUCCUCACAGUACCAGUCGAAGUAUCAAGGCAUCGACAGGCCAUAUGCUCUUCACCGCGUUGUCUCCGGGACAGCGGCCGAACAUCGUCCCACCUCUAAAAGGUCAUCAUACUUUCACGAAAAUCCUCCAAUGGAUGACUGGCAGUGGUGCGAAGUCCUCCUUUGUGUCAAGUCUGCCCGCGGCGCUUGUGGAUUCGUCGCCCGCGCAACAGAAGGUUCUCCAUCGUUUGACAUAUCGUGCCCUUCCACAGCCAGUCCCGGAAGGAAGCAGUAGCCCGGAUAUUCCCCCUGAUCCUGCUGCUGAAGCCAUUGCACAUUCGAGCAAAGUGCUGUCCUUCGAGGUUGUUUUGGCCCAGCCUCGGCUUAAUACUUUGGAUCCCAACGUGGGCGACAGUCUCUCUAGACGGCAACAUUCUCCACUGGAUGAUAUUGACGCGGAUGUACCUCUGCUGAAUGCUGAGUCAACCUCUCGUUGCGCGAUGGGUUCUGAGGUCGUGGUUGACCUUAUGAUGCCUGAUCGUCCCAUGGAUCUGCGCGUCACAGCUUUCGAAUCAAAUGAACUGACGCCAGGAGAAGAACCGGCUCCUUUGCAAGGCUACAUGGAAGAUCUACGAACUUUUAUGAUGCAGCUAGACUCCGAUGUCACGCAACCGGAUCCUCCCUUGCUGUUUCAUUACCGCGGCGAUACCUACAUGCUGCACGCCAGCGCCACCGUGAGGCAGAGUGUAGAACUCAUAAAGGCCCCAACACAUAGCGAUGGCAACGCACUUGACCGGCAAUCCAUCGUUCGCGCCGUCAGUGAAAGCAUCCUGGAUCUAGAGAGUACUCAAAAAUCUACUCAGUGCGAAGUGACUUGUGACGACUAUCUUUCUGACGAUUCUUGGAAACAUUUCCUAAGCGACUGCGAUAAGCUCACCAUCAAAACGUAUAAACCAGUGGGCAAUAUUACAGUAGAGCCCACAGAUAAUGCCGAAUCAAUCUAG